AUGGCCAACUUCUCCAUCAUGGAUACUCUUCAAACUGGAAGGACCUCCACGGACACUACAGCUUGGGCCAGCACAUGGAUAACCAUGUACACCAACAUGUAUGGCUGUCAUGCUCCCAACUCGACCUCCAUCUACAUGCCAAUGAUCAUGACCAAGGAUCACCUCUACCAGAAAUACUCAGAUGCCUUGAACGCCCAGCACUUCACCCAGGCAAAGCUGUUGAGUCUCACUCACUUCCAUAAGAUGUUCAAAGGUGAACACAGGCACAUCAAGUUCCCUCAGUUCUGCAUCCUCAGGCAGUGCAAUAUCUGUGCCUCAACAAAUGACACCCUCACCAACCAGACAAUGAGCACAAGAGAGCAGGUGCAGCUGAAGCAGUGGAAGCUGGAUCACCUCAAGCUUGUCAAGGCAGAGCAGAAAGCUUAUCACCUCCACCAACAGGAGGCUGUUGCUGAUCCCAGUGCAACCUUGUUGAUUAUCAUGGAUGGUUCAACUGAUGUCAUUCUACCUCUCCUAGUGCCUCUGCCCUUGGCCUGGAAAGACCUUCACCUCUACAAGCUUGGCAUUCAUGGAUUUAUCAACCAUGGCCUUCACCGCCGCUCCCUGUACCUACACCAGGGCCAGUUCAGCUGUGGACUUCAUCCAUCAACUCUCUACCUACAGUUCGACAACUGCAGCUGGGAGAACAAGAACAAGUACAUGCUGGCCUACUGUCACUGGCUGGUGUUCAACAAGGUGUUUCAAUCAAUCACCAUAUCCUUCCUGCCUGUGGGACACACCCAUGAGGAUAUUGACCAGAUGUUCUCAACCUUCAUGAUUGGCAUGAAGUAUAAUCCACAGGUCCUGACUGUCGAGGCUUUCAAGCAAGGUCUGCAGGACUGGUAUUCUGCACCCCACCUUUGCCCUGAGCCUAUAUUCCUUCUUGAGUGCUGGGCUAUCAAAUCCUGGCUGGAUCCUUUCUCCAUGGUGUUCAGGGAACCUCCAGGCCUCAUGUCUUCUGCUUCUCCUGUCACAAAGAAGAUCUCAAUCACCAUCCUCAAGGAUACCCUCUCUGCCCUCACUGAGCUCAACAAGGCCCAGGCGAUGAAGAAAUCCUACCAGGAUCUUUCUCACUGGAAGUGCUACACUUGA